GUUGCCAUUAAAGUUGUUCGGAGAGGGGAAACACCGGAGGAAAUUGCCCGGAGAGAAGCUCGGUUUGCUAGAGAGGUUGCAAUGUUAUCUAGAGUUCAGCAUAAAAAUUUAGUGAAGGUUGUUUAUUUAGCAUAUAAGCAAUAACACUUAGCUUUUGAAUUUUAUGCUCUUUCCUUCUAUCUUUAUUUUGGGUGUCAAGAGCUGUUAAUCAAGAACUUUCAUGUAUCAAUAAAAUGAAGAGGAAAUGAGGCAGAUUUUAAUUGGCCUAUCAUGUAUUUCCAGUUUAUUGGUGCUUGCAAGGAGCCUAUGAUGGUGAUAGUAACUGAGCUUUUACUAGGUGGGACUUUGCGCAAAUACUUUCUGAAUAUGCAACCAAGGCAGUUGGACUUGCGUGUGGCGAUUGGAUUUGCACUUGACAUAGCUCGUGCAAUGGAAUGCUUACACUCCCAUGGGAUCAUUCACCGUGACCUGAAGCCUGGUAUGAUCAUAACAUUGAACUUUUGAGUUCAAAUGAGUAGCACUCUGUGUUAGCACUUAAGUGUCUAGAUGCAGUUUUUCAGACUCUAGUUUACUUUUAAUGGUGAAACGGAAAACAUGAUGACUUAGCAAGCAUGUUUAUGAUUUAUAUUUUGGUAUGUAUUUUCUGUAUGUUUAAAGGAUUCAGAAAGAACUUGAUCUUGACUGCGGACCAUAAAACAGUAAAAUUAGCAGAUUUUGGUUUAGCCAGAGAAGAGUCUCUGACAGAGAUGAUGACAGCUGAAACGGGGACAUAUCGUUGGAUGGCUCCUGAGCUUUAUAGCACGGUUACAUUAAGGCAUGGGGAGAAAAAGCAUUAUAAUCAUAAGGUGGAUUGCUACAGCUUUGCUAUCGUGUUGUGGGAACUCAUCCAUAAUAAGUUGCCUUUUGAAGG